ACUUGGUCUAUUAAUAACAAUAUUACCAACGUUUCCUAACCUUCUCUUAAGAAUUCAUGGAGACCUGAAGUGAUCGUUGAUUGUCGCUGAUUGUGCAAAGUCAACAUGGCGAGAGGCAGUAGCGCUGGUUUUGAUCGACAUAUUACUAUAUUUUCGCCCGAAGGGCGUCUCUACCAAGUAGAAUAUGCAUUUAAAGCGAUUAAUCAAGGCGGUCUCACGUCUGUUGCUCUAAGAGGUGUGGAUUCUGCGGUUUUUGCGACACAGAAGAAAGUACCUGACAAGCUUCUCGAUGCUUCGAGUGUCACUCAUGUAUUUCAGCUCACUGAUAAUAUUGGCUGCGUGAUGACAGGAAUGAUUGCGGACAGCAAAUCUCAAGUCCAGCGUGCUCGUUAUGAAGCAGCUCUUUUUAAAUAUAAAAACCAGUACGAAAUACCAGUAGAUACUUUAUGCCGUCGUGUUGCUGACAUUAGUCAAGUUUAUACGCAAAAUGCUGAAAUGAGACCACUUGGGUGUUCUAUGACCCUUAUUGGGUAUGAUAAGGAAAAGGGCCCAUGUAUCUAUAAGGCGGACCCAGCUGGGUACUUUUGUGGAUAUAGAGCUAUUUCUGUCGGUGCAAAGCAAACUGAAGCAAAUUCAUAUUUGGAGAAAAAACUGAAGAAAAAGCAAAAUUAUGAUUACGACGAGACUAUUCAGUUGGCUAUAACCUGUCUCUCUACAGUUCUGUCAGUUGAUUUUAAACCAACUGAAAUAGAAGUUGGAGUUGUGUCCAAGGACAACCCUAAAUUUUGCGUCCUCACAGAGCAGGAAAUUGACAAACAUCUAACUGCCAUUGCUGAAAAGGAUUGAUAACAUUUAUUGUAUAUCUUUUAAUAAACACAUCAAAUUUCAACAUGAAUUUUUUUUACAAUUCUCUAGGUAUAUGGAUGAAUAGGAUAAACAGUCGAAUGUAUUAGAUUAGUAAUAAAAACCACCCUGGCAUAUAUUAUAAA